AUGGACCCACACUGCAAACAACUAUCUUCUCCUAGUAUAUUCAACUUUGGUCUUUCAAUAUUGAUUCUCAUUGGAAUCCUUCUAUCCUAUAUCCCACAACAUCACCGCAUCAUUUCGCGCCGCUCAUCUUUCGGUAUCUCUCCAUAUUUCAUCCUAUUAGGAACCACCUCAGGAACUUCGGGGCUAGCAAAUAUUCUUCUACUGCCUCGAAGCUUGCUUGGAAUCUUGCAAGUUGCUACGCAGGCAACAUGUUUCGCGAUCAUCCUUACACUAUUUGUUCUAUUUUUCUCCCCGCCUGACACGCUACCUACUUCAAAAUAUCCCGAAUCUUCAUCGUUCCGUACUGCUCUUCUAGUGGCCGCAGCUUGUGUCAUCCAUGGAGUAGCUGCGACAACCUUUAGUUUCGUCAUAGCAUUCAUGUACCCGUCCUCUCGCCAACUCUGGGCUAAUAUUUUCGGCAUCAUGGCUACCCUUCUGUCCUCAGUUCAAUAUUUCCCUCAGAUAUAUACCACCUUCUUCCUAGGGCGUGUGGGCAGCUUGAGUAUUCCUAUGAUGUGUAUCCAAACCCCUGGAAGUCUAGUAUGGGCAGCCUCCCUUGCAGCACGUCUGGGAGCAGAAGGAUGGAGUACAUGGGGGGUUUACGUUGUCACGUCUCUACUCCAAGGCACCUUGCUUGUGAUGGGUAUCUAUUUUGAAUACCUUAACCCAAGGGGGAAAGACGAGAACCCUAGUAUCGAUGACAUUUCUUCGUCACCACAUGAAGAUGCCGUUGAAGGAGCCAACUCGGGAAACGAUACGUGCCAAGCGUCCGAGCAAACUCCAUUGCUUACAGAAUAA